GAGCUCCUAAUAUCUAAUAAUUAUUAUUAUUAUUGGAUAUUAUUAUAUUAGUUAUUACAGCUCUAAGUUCUUUGUUCUAUCUCUUUAAAUCUAAGCUAAGCUAAACGCUUGUAAUAUUAUGUAUAGAACAAGAUAUAACUUAAUUUAAAAAAAAGUUAAUAUGGAAAUUAAAAUACAUAGAUUCAUAAUUUUCAAUUGGGUGUGUGACACAUUCUUCUAUAAAUAAAAAUUGGAAAGUGGCCAGUUCUACUGUCAUUGUAGUUUAUAAACAGAAGAUAAAGAAUAUAGUACAUAUGGAUGUGGAUACAUCUAUACAAUUUCCAUUGGCCAGCUCAAACAGAAUAGUAUUUACUGGGCACUUCAAUGGCUAUGGAGUGGAAAUUAAUAGUAUUGAAGAGAUGGCAAUGUUGUAUCACAUGGGGUACUUUGGUAAAGGUACUAAGUCGAGAUCCAGACCGAAAGUUAUUAAGAGUCAUGGCUGCCCUGUAAUAAUGAGAAAAAGACAGUAUGGGAAAAGACAAUUUUGGAGCAAAAAAUUUAAGAAUAUACAUGAGGCAAAUAAUGCUGAUGAGUUCUUGCAUAAAAUUAAUGUUCUAUCCAAGAAGAUUAUAAAAGAUCAUUCAAAAGAGUUAAAGAAAGAUAUAAUUGAUCUUAUUUCAAGUGAUGAAGAUUGUAAUUCUGAUAGCAGACGGAAUGGAUAUAAAAGUUGUAUGGAUUCUGAUAAUGAAGCAGCUGACAUUGUUGUAAUAGUUCCUAAUAGUGAUUCUGAAGGUGAUGACUAUUUUGAAAAAUUUGAAAUGAAAUCCUGUUUAAAUAUAAUCAAAUGUGAAGAAAAGUUGGCACUCACAACUCAGGAAGCAUUUUUUUUGCUAUAUAGUAUUGGAUGCCUAAAAAUUCUUAACAAUGGUAAAUUUCUGGAAGUGAAUGAAUGCUGGAACCUCUUUCUUACCGGUGAUUGUCAUUUUGUUGAGAAAUAUGUUGUGUACCAUUAUUACAGAUCUAAGGGAUAUAUAGUAAAACCUGGGAUAAAGUUUGGAGGAGAUUACUUGAUAUAUAGAGAUGGGCCGGGUAUAAAUCAUGCGGAUUUCAUUGUAGUUAUUAAGUUUGAACAAGAACCACAAAAUUGGCUAUGGACACUUGGACUUGUAAGGAUGGCUGCAUCAACACUUAAGGAGAUAAUUAUUAUUGAAGUUUGUAAACCGGUUGAGGAGGACAUUAUACUUCCAAAGGAUUUAUGUAAAUACACUGUAAAAGAAUUGGUUUUGUCUAGGAAUUCAACACAAAUAAUAAAUGACAGUGAAGGCUAAA